AUGGGCAUGACAGUCAGCCACCAGAGUGGCAACACCAGUCACACCGGCCGUUUGAUCAUGAACGGCGGCGCCGCUUUUGGACACCUGUUGCUCGCCUUCUGCUUCGGCUCCUUCUUCGCGGGCUACAGCAAGGCGGAUACUGAGCUGAUCUACUCAGGACGCUACUCUCCCAACCUCUUGGCCGCGGCCUUGGCCGUGGUGGCUGGAUGCAUCGUGCACUACUGCAAGGAGCAUGGCGGCGAUGGCAACAACAACACAUCCGAGUGCUUGCUGCUCUUUGCGUUCUCUCAAGGUAUCCAGAAUGGCAUCACCCGAAGAUGCCAGACCCUGCCCAUCUGCACAACCCAUUUCACGGGCUACUUGACAGACGUUGGCACCUUGCUCGGCUGGUGCGUUCGUGAUGGUGUGACCGGUGAGAAGUUCUUGAAGGCCAUGCUCUUUGCGGCGGGCAUCUUUUUCUUCGGCCUCGGCGGCGUGGCUGCCAAGGAGUUGCACGAAUCGUUCAGCGUGCAGGCAGCCCUCAUCGCAGCUGCCCUGACGGCCGCAGUCGCGGGUGGCCUGGUCCCUGUGACCAAGAGCAAGACUGGCUGA